CAGGCAGUUGGUUGUGAAGUAAGAAAUGGCCGUCGAUCAGGUGAGCCUGUAAAGUCACGCCCUCGGCCGCGCGGGGGAUGGUUGCCAACUAUAGCCUCGGAGGUGGAGCUCGCUAGCACCAGAGGUUUUAUCUCCAACAUGAGGGCGACCCGCGCCGAACACAUUUUACUGCGUGCCUGCGCCCUGUCCUGCUUCAUCUUCCUGCUCUGCUCCACCUGCACCGGGGUCCUAACCGGGCGCGGAAUGGCCUCCCUUCACCCCGCGUUGACGCGCAGCCGUCGGUGUCACCAAAGCGCCAAGCACAGAGGAGCGCACCACCGGCCGCUGACGGACGAGCAGAAAGCGGACCAGAACCUGCAGUUCAUGCUCAGUUUGUACCAGAGCGCAGCCGGACCGGACGGCAGGCCCAAGCAGCACCGGAAGUUCGGCUCCAACACCGUGCGCCUGCUGAGACCCUCGGCGUCGUCGGUGCACUACCUGCCAGCGUCAGGAGACCACUGCUACACCUUCACAGUUCAGUACAACCUUGAUACUCUUCCCUCGGAGCAGCUGGUGAAAGCCUCCUUCAUCCACCUGCGCUCCUCUCCCUCCUCUUCCUCCUCUUCCUCCACCGCCUCCAGCACCACCCAGGCUGUGGAGCCGCCCCGCUGCAGGGCCCAGAUCACCUCACUGGGUGCAGAGAGCCUGGUCACCCUGGAGCCCCACGAACGGUGGACCGAGACGGACAUCACCGCGCAAGUCAGCGGUCACGUCCUGCAGCGGCAGGAUCAGGGCACCGGGGGGCAUCUGACCCUCACUGCCCAGUACUGGUGCACAGAACCUGGGCCUUCUGAAGAGGACAGCGACCUCUCGUGGUGGUGGAAUCCUCUACAAGAGAGGAAAGAGUGGAGCGGUGAACCUCACCUGGAAGUCCCCUCUCUUCUCCUGUACCUGGAGGAGGAGAGGGAGGUGAAGGACUGGAUGGGGGAGUUGCUCGGGGCAGAGGGGGAAAACGUCAUGAGGCGAAUCGGGCGGUGGCAACCUUCGCUUCGCCGCCAACGUCGCUCCAAAGACUCCUCGCCUUCGGAGCUGAAAGAUCCCUCCCUGGACGCUCUGAAGAAUGCUCCGUCUUCCUCUUCAUCGUUCUCCACCUCCCCCACUGCCUCCAUCAUCUCCGAUAUCCCGGCCUACAAACGCAAGACCAGCAUGCCCAAGAACCGCUGCAAGCUCCACUCGUUUCGCCUGUCAUUCGACGAGCUCGGCUGGGGUCACUACUUCAUCGCCCCGCCGGUGUACAACCCCCGGUUCUGCCAGGGAGACUGCCCCAGAGUCCUGCACUACGGCUACCACUCGCCCAACCACGCCAUCAUCCAGACGGUCAUCAAUGAACUCGGCGUCGGGGACGUCCCACCACCGUCCUGCGUGCCAUACAAGUACAUGCCCAUGAGCGUGUUGGUGGUGCACAAGAAGAAGGUGGAGUACAGGGAGCUGGAGGACAUGGUGGCCGAGUCCUGCACGUGUCGCUAGAGACGACGCUGAGAGGCCUGAAUGACUUGAACAUGCUUUGCACUGACAAAAGAGACUAAAGCAGACGGUCCUGAGGGGUCACUGGUUUGAUCUACGGCUCAGCGGCUAACCGUGAUGAGCCCGAGACUGGAAGGAGGGGGUUGUUGUGGUGUCAGAUCCUCAGUCCCUGUUAAAGCACUUUAGAAGGCAGCUGCUGGAUGUGAACUUUGGGCUGCACAGACCGGAGGCUGUCCUUACUUUCUGAUUGAAUGAUUGUAGAAUAAUUGUGUAGGUGAAUACUGUGUAGGUGAAUAUGCUGGUUGCUAAAUUAUUAUUAGUCACUUUCAUGUCAUUUUCCCACUCAGGGGGCUGGUAAGUUUGGAGACAUUUUAAACCACCACCAAGCUGAACUAACUUAAGUGGAAAUUUAACUGAAACAAUGACUUGAUAAAAGUGUCUAAAAAUCAGGGGCACCUUCAAGAAAACCAGGAUUUAAACAGAACAAACACAUGUAAAAUCCAUCUUCAUUAUUUAACCUCAAACCACAGUCAUCUAAUGAAUAUUUUCCUUCCUUUCUUUUUUUCCUGUAUCUUUCUCUUUUAAAACCUGAUCUGUUUCUCACAUCAGAGCUGCAGUUUUCCCAAAAAAAACUUUAUUUGUGUGAAAAAAACAUUUCUGGGUGGCAUUUUGGCACUGUUAUGACGCCACGUUCUUCUGUAGGAUUAGACACUGCUUAAUAAAAGAAAAAAAUUUUAAUGGACGAGGGGUGGAUCAUGUUGGAUGUAACUAAAAAAAAGCUUUGUGACAUUACAUUUUUGCUGUUUGUACAUAUUUAUACUGGGAAUUCUUUCCCCAGAACUUGGUUAAAGUGCUGCUACUGGCCUGUCUUAGAAAAAUAAUGACCUUUAAAAGUGGCAUGACUGUUGAACGUUAAAGAUAAGUGUUGGAAUGAAAAACAAUGCAAUAUUUAUUAUAAGUGCAAAUGAAUAAUAAAAUAAGAUGCAUAUUUUCUAA